UCGUACGUUAAAGUUGUUAUAUUGGUAAUAUCAAGUAAUAUCUUGUGAAACGUCAUAUCAGAUACAACGCGAUAUUUAAAAUAUCAAUCUUCUCACAUAACACUACUGAUAUGUUUUUGUAAUGGACCUGACCACAUCCUGAUACAGGUACAUGUACACGUAUGGCAACAUACCGGUCACAUGUCGGAUGUAAGAUACUAUGUAGAACGUUGGUACACUACUAGUAUAUUCAUGGUGUCAAUUUAUCACCACUCAACAAAGUAUCAAAACUGUCUUUCUAUGACAUUAUUUUCUCAACGGAUUACGUAAAGAAUGGCAGCAUGGCCGUGGAAUUCUCCCCAGUUCAGAUUAAUGUGGAACCAAAAUUGUCAACAGAUUAGAUCAAACAGCAUCGUUACAAAUCAGCCUUUCUCAGCGCCACCGUUGCUAGCACUGCAUUCAACCAUACCAACAACUCCUGGAGUACCGAUUUACAGACGAAGUUCUCCCACUACAUCUCUCGGAACAUUGGCAAUGCGUCCCCCAAUAAGAACUGCAUCAGUUCAACCAGUCUAUAGGUUUGUGUCAAAUACACUGACGAAUACUUUUGUUAGAUCACCAUAUCAAAUAUAUUCUGCUGCAAGUACACAAGUAUCCAGUGAAUCAAAUAUGAGGAAGCGGACACGACAAGAUUCGGCUUCAGACAAGCGUAACAUUCCUGCAGCCACAAGACCUCGUGUUUCCAUAUCAAGCUCUGUCUGUACUCAAUCAUCACAAAAUGCAAUACAAACAGAAUGUCAACAACAACAGCCAGCACAUGACAGCAGCGCAAUGCAACCAGAGAUGCACAACAUUAAACCAGCUACACUGUUUUCAAGUAGACAGUCUGUAAGAGACACUUCCACUGGUACUGAUAUAUUCAGUAGGGAACUGUCAUUGAAAUCAGUCCCAAGUCACCAUGGGAGAAGACAUGGCAAUGUGUCUGUGAAGAGUGCUCAGAAUUCAAGUGGUGCAGAGAGUGAUGACAGUGCAGUUAAUAACCCUGAAUUCUACAGGAGAGACUGGAUUUAUACUGAUAUAGGAAAGGAACACAUCAGGAAAAGAAAACCUGGAAUAGAGUUCAGCAUAAUGUCAUACAACGUGCUUGCCCAAAGAUUGAUUGAAAUGAACAUGUUUCUGUAUCCACACUGUAAUGAGGAUAUUUUGAAGUGGGAAUAUCGUAAGAAUAAUUUGAUGAAAGAAAUCAAAGAAUUGCAAGCUGAUAUUUUGUGCCUUCAGGAAGUUCAAGAAGAACAUUUCCAAACAUUCUAUCAACCACAACUUGCCCUUCUAGGAUAUGAAGGUGUAUUCAAGCGAAGAACGGGAGACAAACAUGAUGGCUGUGCUACAUUUUUCCUCACAUCUCAGUUUGAAUUAGAAACUUACAGACUGAUUCAGUAUUACAAACCUGGUGUAUAUCUCCUAAACAGAGAUAAUGUUGGUGUGAUUGUGCUACUCAAACCAAAAGUCAACACAUCAUCACAUCAACGUAUCUGUGUCGCCAACACCCACCUUCUGUUCAAUCCUAAACGUGGUGAUGUGAAACUUGCUCAGUUGGCUGUGCUAUUUGCUGAGAUUGAUAAGCUAGCUCUGCGGAGAACCACUCAUAAUGGUAGGCCUGUAUACUGUCCUACUUUACUGUGUGGAGACAUGAACAGUAUUCCGUACUCACCGCUUUACAGAUUCAUAUCAGGCAUGUUGAAAUACACUGGUACACAGACAAGUACAGUAUCUGGACAGCAUAGAGGAUGGCACGGUGACGUCUUACCAUAUCCACUAUGGCCACGCUGUAUGGGCAUCACAGAUGCAUGUAAAUAUGUUGAAGUGGUGGAAGAAAGGAGACAAAAGAAAAAGAAAGAUGGUGAUGGCUGGCAAGAAGUCAAACCACGGUAUACUUUCUCAGAAACAAUAAAACAUGAUUUCAACUUUAGAUCUGUGUACACUCAUCGAACUGAGAAUCGAGAGAAUGAAGUCACGACGAAUCAUGACAAAACAAACUGUACAUUGGAUUAUAUCUUUUAUUCAUUGACUGCUCGUCGUAGGGAGGAACAAAAGCAUGGCCGAACAAGGACGUUUUAUGAACGCUAUGAAGGACCAUUGAAGUUAUUAGGUAAACUAGCUUUAUUCUCCGACAGUAAAGCCAACAAAAUGGGAGGAUUGCCAAAUAGAAUGAUAUCCUCGGACCAUUUUUCAUUACAAGCUAAGUUUCUUUUACAAGAAGAUUAA